AAUGGAUGCAGUCAGUCACUUUACUAUCUAUUUCUCACUUGCAUUGCAUCUCGAAUACCAUUGAUUCUAUAUUUCGGCAAGGUAGCCAAAGAUACUAUUUUCGUCAUGGGUGACCCUCGCGCUCUAUUACAAAAGGCCGACAAAGCGCUCUCAAGCGCCUCGACUGGUUUCAGUUUCUUUGGAGGUCGAACCGAAAAACUUGAAAAUGCUGCAGAUCUAUAUGUCCAAGCCGCGAACGCAUUCCGCGUGCAAAGACUGAAUAAAGAAGCCGGCAUGGCGUUUGAAAAAGCUGCCGCUGUUCAGAAAAAUAAUCUCAACGAGCCCGACGAUGCUGCGAAUAGCUUAUCGGAAGCGUUUAAAGUAUACCGCAAGACAGACCCGGAGGACGCAGUGCGAGUCCUCGCAGGCGCAAUUCAACAUUAUAUCUCAAAGGGGAACUUCAGACGAGCGGCCACUCAUCAACAGAACCUAGCUGAAUGCUAUGAAGUGGAAAUCGGCAAUCCGAAGAAGGCUUUAGAGGAGUAUGAGAAAGCUGCCGAGUGGUACGAAAGUGAUAAUGCGGAGGCACUGGCCAACAAAUACUUUUUGAAAGUCGCCGAUCUUGCAGCUAUAGAGGCCGACUACUACAAGGCAAUUGCACACUACGAAAAAGUAGGAAAGGCGUCUAUCGACAAUAAUUUGAUGAAGUGGUCUGUAAAAGAUUACUUUUUCAAGGCCGGCAUAUGCCAUCUUGCAUCUGGGGACCUCGUUGCAACCAACCGUGCAUUGGAAAGCUAUAGAGACAUUGACCCUUCGUUUGCCUCAACCAGAGAGCAUACUUUAUUAGUUGAUCUUCUCCAAGCGGUUGAGCAAGGCGAGCCAGAUACUUUCGCCGACAAACUCUUCCAAUUCGAUCAAUUGAGCAAGUUGGACAAAUGGAAAACGACAUUGUUCCUGCGCAUCAAGGAAAAUAUUGAAGAGAAGGGCGAGGACUUCUCGUAAUCUAUGUGUUCAGUUUCUAUCUUCCGUUAUUUGGGUGAAGCUGUUUGUUAUGGUGGCGCAUUUCUAAUUCCUGUUUCCUUGGCUUUGCUCUUUGAUAGUACGCCGGUAGACUAUCGUGCUUGAUUAUAUUGUAACCUCUUCGAAUGGUAACGUUCCAAGUCAG